CCAUUUUCCAGAUAAAGAAAGUUAAGAGUUUGCACUUUGCAGUCUCUCUUCUUCAGCGGUGGUGCCGCUGGUGGAGGAGGGACUGAAAUCUUCUGCAACUUUCUCUCUCUCUCCUCACUUCCACCGUUAAUCAAUGGCGCAACACCACCAUCACCACCCAACCUCCAAGAAAUCCAUAUCACUCACUCCCACUUCCUUCCUCUUCGUAUCCCUCCUCUGCUUUGCCUCCCUCCUCCUCGCUUUCUCUCUCUUCAAAUCCUCCCAAAACCUCCAUUAUCAACCAUUAUCGCACCCUUCCUGCGAUUUAUCAGAUGGGAAUUGGGUUUACGAUCCAACAGUUAGAUCUACACGCUAUGAUCACACUUGCAAGGAGAUUUUCAAGGGUUGGAAUUGCAUUUUGAACAAUAAAUCCAAUGCUCUUGAGAUUUCUAAGUGGAAAUGGAAGCCCAGAGAUUGUGAUCUUCCCACUUUUGAUGCGCAGAAGUUUCUUGAACGAUUCAGGGACACUAGUAUAGGAUUUAUAGGUGAUUCAUUGAAUAGAAAUAUGUUUGUUUCUCUCUUUUGUAUGCUGAGGCGAGUAUCAAGUGAUGUGAAAAAGUGGCAUCCAGCUAAAGCAGAUCGGGGGUUUACUUUUCUUCAGUACAAUCUUACUAUUGCUUAUCAUCGGACUAAUCUGCUAGCACAUUAUGGUAGGUGGUCACCUAACACGAAUGAUGGAGCACUAGAAUCUCUAGGAUACAAUGAUGGGUACAGAGUUGACAUUGAUGUCCCUGACAGCAAAUGGGCUGAAGCUCCUAGCUUUCAUGAUGUCGUCAUCUUCAAUACUGGACACUGGUGGUGGGCUCCGUCAAAAUUUGAUCCAGUGAAAUCACCUAUGCUCUUCUUUGAGAAAGGGAUACCUAUAAUUCCUCCAAUAGCUCCAGAUGUUGGUCUGGAUAUGGUUUUGAAACACAUGAUAUCAUAUGUAGAAAGCAAAAUGCGACCUGGUGCAAUAAGAAUAUUCCGCACACAAUCCCCCCGACAUUUUGAGGGAGGCGACUGGGACCAUGGUGGUUCUUGCCCCCGCUUAAAGCCUUUGUUGUCACAAGAAGUUGAAGAACUUUUUGAUGUGGAAAAUAAUGGAACGAAUGUAGAAACACGCCUUGUUAACCAUCACUUGUACAAGGCUCUAAAGGGAUCGAGUUUCCAUGUUUUGAACAUAACCCAUAUGAGUGAAUACAGAGCUGAUGCACAUCCCUCGAAUGCUGGUGGAAAGAAGCAUGAUGAUUGCAUGCAUUGGUGUUUACCUGGGAUUACAGAUACAUGGAAUGAUUUAUUUGCUGCAUACUUGAAUAUUGUAAAAGAUCAAAGCUAAUUCAAUACAUUACUAUUUGUAGUUAUUUUUGUUGAUUUAUGUUCAUUUUCAAUCUAUAGGCCA